AUGCCGGCCCCUCCCGGGCCCCCGCCCCACCCCAGGGCGCUGCCCCGGACGUGGCCCGCCCCCGGGCAGCUGGGCCUGACUCAGCGCGGGCCCUGGGGCCUGGCACGCAGCAGCCUCGGGGAAGGACUCUGCUCUGCAGAACCCAAGUCAUGGGAAAGGCAUGCCUUGCUGCCCGCAGCCCGGUGGCUGGCCGCUCGGCCCGGCUAUUUUUACUUCUUCCCCUGCAGAGCUGAGGCCGGCGGGGCAGGUUCUCAAACAGAACCCGCAAGACCUGCCAGACCCAGCGAAGACACUGCCCCCGCCGCCGGGGAGGCCCCUCCCCGGGACGGAGCGCCGCCCCACGACCGACCGCGAGCAACCGGCAGAGCUGAAGGCUCCGCGCCGCCCACCCGAGGCCCCAGGAGAGUCCUGUAA